UUUUUGGACGACAGUUACUCCGUUCAAGUUACCUUCAAGCAACCCUCAAGGGCACAGAGCAUGGAAAAAGAAUACCGGAGCUUAAAGUUUUCUCCCAAGACCUUUAAGGCAACCUAGGAUCUGCUCUCCACCGAAGCCCUCAAACUGUGAUAUACAAGAUCCAAGGAUCAACCCGUAGAAGUUAUAAGUUAUAAGUAAACUUAGUUAUUUAAAACCAAAGGAUUCUCACAAGGAUCAAGCGGAAGGAUGCUGCUCAACAUAUUCCAAUCGGGCAUCUUUCAGCCGCAGUUCCGCCGCCAACUGUUGGUCUCUUUGAGUGCCACGCUGAUAACCUUCUGCCAUGGCAUCGCCCUUGGUUGGCUGUCGCCCAUGCUGCCAAAGCUGAUGUCCAGCGAAGAGACGCCUCUGCCCUUCUGGAUUGACGUGGCCGAGGCCUCCUGGCUAGGAGCUGUCAUCAGCAUCGGUGGAAUUUCCGGGAACUUCUCCUUUUCCUACAUAAUGAACCGUUUUGGCCGGAAAGUGUCGAUUUACGCUCUGGCAGUUCCCCACACGUGCAUUUGGUUCCUGUUCUACUUCGCCCAGAGCAUCGAGUGGCUUUAUGUGGCGCGGGUGUGUGCUGGUCUAACUGGCGGUGGAAUGUUCGUCGUGCUACCAAUUUUCAUCGGGGAAAUCGCCGACAACAGCAUUCGAGGUCGUCUGUGCUCCUUUUUCACCCUCACGAUGAAUACGGGAAUAAUGGUUGGCUUUGUGGUGUCCUCGCACAUUGCUUACCACGUGAUUCCUUGUGCCGUGGUCGGUCUGCCUGUCCUAUAUGUGAUUUUGGCCACUCGUUAUCCGGAGCCACCGCAACAGUUGAUUAGGUGGCAGCGAGAGGAGGAAGCCGAGCGUUCCCUGAGGUUCUAUCGUCGGUGUGACGGUCCCAAUGUUCCCAAGGAGGAGGAGCGGGCCUAUCAGAAACAGUUCGAUGAGAUGCGAGUUGCGAUUCAACAGCAACACAAGGACACCGAUGACAACAGUCUUGCCCUUUCCGAUUUCCUCACCAAGCGCUCCCUAAAGGCCCUGGCCACGGGUCUGGUCUUGAUGAUAGCCAACAUCUUCACAGGCACCUUCGCCUUCAUCAACUACAUGUCCAACAUAUUUGAUGCGGUGCACACCCAGCUGGAUCCCAAUACGAGCACCAUUAUCAUUGGAGCUGUGCAGAUCCUGGGCACUUUGGCCAGCAUAUAUUUGGUGGAUCGUCAUGGCCGCAGGAUCCUGCUGAUCAUAUCCUGUGCCGGUAGUGGAAUUGGCACCUCCGCCUUUGGAUUGUACGCCUUUUUUGCGGAGGAGCAGGAAGAAGAACUUGCGGCAUUUUCCGCUUGGCUGCCCGUGACCUUAAUGGCCUUCAUCAUCUUCAUAGCUAAUGUGGGUGUCAUUUCGGUGACGAUGGUGGUCUUGGUAGAGAUUCUACCGCAAAGGAUCAGGGCGGUGGCCACCAGUUUUUGCCUGGGCUGCCUCAGUUUCUUCGCCUUCACCUCGCUGAAGACCUUCCCGCUGAUGAUGUUCCAUUUGGGCCUGGCGGCCACCAUGUGGUUCUGUGGCGCCGUCAGUGCCAUUUGCCUCUUCUACGUGGUAGUCUGCCUGGAGGAGACCAAGGGGCGUUCUAUGUAUGACUAAUCUUUUGAAAAAUAAAGUUCAGAUGGUUAGAA